AGUCGUCUGUCUGGCACAGAAGUGUGUUGAUGUGCUUCCAGCUGUUUGUGGGGACUCAUGAUGUCUAGACCUAUGGUCUGGAAGGACUGGGGGAUCCUCCCUUACAGCCUGUGAGAUCACCACUUUUAAUUAGACCGGAUCUGUCAAUUAACAGGAAGUCAGCCGGUCUCUCUUUCAGCCUUUUAAAAGCAGCCGAGUCGAACCUUCAGGCAGGAUUCUGACAGAGGCUCGAAUAAGUUUCAGAUUUACAGAAAGAUGUCUUCUGCUGUACUUUGUGCUGUUAUUUUUCUGGCUUGUUCCUUCACAUUAAGUGCUGCUCAGGCAAGCUGUAAAGGACGAUGUGGUGCCGAGUACUACAGGGGUUACAUGUGCCAGUGUGAUUAUACCUGCCUGUCUUAUGAAGAGUGCUGCAGAGACUAUGAAUCCCAGUGCACCACAGCAAACUCGUGUAAAGGACGAUGUGGAGAAAACUUCAAAAGAGGUCGGCUGUGUAGCUGCGACUCAAACUGCAUAAAGUACAAUCAGUGUUGUUCAGAUUACAAGAGCCACUGUGAUGCAGAAGAGCCCAUUCAGAAUGAAGCAACAGAGCAGCCUUCUACAUUCAGCGAGGGAGACGAUGCAGAUAUGUACAGCCAGAUUUUUCCCAAUGAUGACGUUUCCUACAAUGGAGGGGAGGACCCGGAGGCAACUCCAACCCCAGAGGGUACCAGUGGAUAUGAAUUGUCUACAUCUGACCUGCUGGAUCAAAUGGAUAUUGAACCCACACAGGAUCCAGAGUUCAGUACAGAGACGACUCGUCUAGAUGAAACAACACAGGCCAAUGACAGCCCCUCCACCCUUUACCCCACCACUGAGAGCUUAGAUGAUCCUACAAGCUCACCUGACUCAGGAACAACUCUCCCUCCGCCCACAACAGCAGUUGACGACAUCUCCAGCCAGCCUGCUGCAACCUCAGUACCCCAAACAGAAUAUUCUCCCACAGCCAACACCCCAGAGCUCGAGAAGGCAGAAGUACAGCCCGAGGAUGACAUUGUUCCUGAGAUACAGACUAUAGAACCGACUGUAGCCUCCUCUGAUAAACCAGAAGUUACAACCACAACCUCCUACCCACCUGUGGACACUUCAGUAUCCACAGGCUCCUCCACAACCCUGGCAAACUCUCAGGUCACCACCAUCCCCACCUCAUCAGUGCCCACAACUUCAAAUCCCAAACUGGAUGAUGCUGAGAUCAACGCGCAAAAUGUCAUAACAGGCCCUCCUUCUUCUCUGGGAGACCUUGAAGAUCCUUCCGCCAGUGUUUCUCCAGCGGGGUCCGGGAACCUGUCAGAGCUCGAUGCCUUGACGACCCACAUCCCUACAUCCACAGAUACAGUGCGGGAUGACAAUAUAGAUGAUGUUGCACCAGAAGUAAGUAGUGCAGAUCCACUAAACGUCACCCCAAACCCGACCAAACCCACACAAUCUGAAGCCACCACAAAACCUCAAGAUAAACCGUUGCCAGCUAUACCAACUGUGGCUGAACCCAGCUCCAAGCCUGAGACCAAGCCUGAGACCAAGCCUGAGACCAAGCCUGAGACCAAGCCUGAGACCAAGCCUGAGACCAAGCCUCUGGACACGUCACAGACUCUCAACAUAGACGAUCCCAGAAACUACCAAGCAGAUGACAACAACGAUACAAAUCUGUGUAGUGGGCGGCCUGUCAGCGGAGUCACUACGCUGAGGAACGGCACAAUUGUGGUUUUCAGAGGGCACUACUUCUGGUUUCUGGGCACAAACAGGUUGCCUGGUCCGGCUCGUGGCAUCACACAGGUGUGGGGCGUCCCUUCCCCCAUUGACACUGUGUUCACCCGCUGCAACUGUCAGGGCAAAACCUACAUUUUCAGGGGACCCCAAUACUGGAGAUUUGAAAAUGAUGUUUUGGACACUGGAUACCCAAAGGUGAUUGAAACAGGCUUUGAUGGACUUCGGGGCCACAUCACAGCUGCUCUGUCUGUGCCUCAAUACCAGAGGAGGAGGGAGUCUGUUUACUUCUUCAAGAGAGGGGGAUCGGUCCAGAAAUAUUCAUACCAGUUUGGCACCAGUCCAACAUGUGGCAGGAAAGUCCAGCAUGCCACUUACACAGUCCGCAACCGAAUUGUUCGACAAGCAGUGUCUCUUCUGGGGCCAACCGUCAACAUCCGGACGUCUUGGAGAGGUUUCCCCACCACCGUCACUGCUGCUGUGUCCGUCCCAAGCAACAGAGAGCCAGAAGGAUACAAAUACUACGUCUUCUCAAGAUCCAAAUCCUACAACGUAAGGGUGGAUGGUGAACGUCCUGUCAUUGCAGCUCCUCCAGCCAACACGCCACCUCAGAGCAACAACAUCUUCAAAUGCCCAAAGAAAGUCUGAUCAGAGAGAGUUGUGUUUUUCUAAUAGUUUAUUACAUUCUUCAUAAAACACACUGCUUCAGCAUAGACUCAUUAAAAAAUAGGUACUUUACAAGCACAUUCAAAAUGAAACCAAAAACAACAAGCUUCAGAACAACAACAUUAUCGAGUCUGAAUACAGAAUCUGAACUCUAUGAUUGGAAAAUGUGUUUCUGACGGGAAUGAAAAGUUAUCCGAUAAUGGUUGUCAGGUUUUCUCAUUAGUGCUUCAUCUGGCGAAACGUCUUCCAUGGACACCCCGAGGAGGAAAUCCUUGACCUGUUGAGAUAUACAUUUUUUUUUUUUAAAACAUAGCCUGCUAUACUGAUGUAAAGAUUCUGUACAGUGGCUGUAUAAAAUGUGUAUGAAAUAUAAAAGAAUGAGAAGAAUGAAAGUAUUUCCUCUGUUAUUUUUCUCAACAUCAAACUGAAUUAUUAUACACCAACAUAUAUUAACUGCAAUGACUGGUAAUUACAAUGAAACAAAUGCUUUGCCAGGAUUUAAGUUCACAUUAUGACUGUUGUUAAUAUUGUAUUUUAUUAUUCAAAGUUGUGUUUUUUUUUUUUUACAAGUCUGAAACAUCAAACUGGAAAUCUGCAAUUUUAUAUUUGACUUACAAUAAAUUACAAUAUUGUUUCAAAA